GGUUAAUUCAACUAGUCUCUCUCCUUCAUUCAAUGUUUGUGUCGCUCACUCUUUCUCUCUCUCUCAAAAUGAAGCACACUAACACAAAUCCAACCCCACCAACCCUCUUACAAAGAAGUUACUCUCUUCUUUGCUUUGCUGUUCAGAUUGUACUGUGGUGUUUCUUUUUUGGUUUUAUCUCUUCUUAGUUCUCACUGCUCAGUGAUUCUGAAGAACAAUGAAAGUGUCAUUUCGCAAUCAUUAAUUAAGAAAAGGAGGAAGCAUGUGUGUCUCCUUCCUAAACCAUUAAUCUGGUUUCCUAUUAAUUUGGUUAGCAUUGUCGGUCUGCUUUUAUUCUAGUCUUUCUCAUAGGUAGCUGUCCCUUACAGUGCCUUCACCAUAUUAUGCUGCUUCUAUCUUCAAACUCUCUUCAAUUUUAUUCUCUCCUUGGCUUGUCACUUGUCGGUGAAAGAUCUUCACAAUGAGAUUGCAACUUAUUUUCCUGCUAAUUAAGCUACAUUUUGUUAUAUGUACACCCCAGUUUCAUGAAUAUGCUGCCACCAAUCUGCACCGUUGGAGAAUCAGAGGCCCUUCAAGCAUUGCAUUCCCACCAUUAGAGUCAUCUUCUGGAGUUCCUGCUAGUAUUGGACUUCCACCUUCCAAGGCAUCUUCUAGAGUUCCUGGAAAUAUUCCACUUUCACCUUCCAAAUCAUUCUUCAAAAUUCCCAUAAUGAAAUGGAUGCACAAUUAUGUGGACUCUCCAAUAUCACACCAUCAUAAACAUAAGCAUAAGCAUAAGCAUCACUAUUCCAAAAGCAAGUCCACCAACCAAGUUCCUGGGCCAAUCUUUCCAGUCCAUCCUCAUACUCAUCAAGGUCCUCCAGUCUUCAAAUCAGAACAUCCAUUCUCUUCACCCAUGAGCUGGGAUUUUCAUGCACCAGCACCAGCACCAGCACCCGCAAUUCUAUCACACCAGUUGAAUGUGCCCUCUCCUUCACCUAGAAUUUCACCUCUAGGUCCAUCAUUAAAGAAGACAAAGACUCCACCACCAGCAUAUGCUUUGGUUCUACCAUCUCCACCACCUAACAAAGAUUGCAUGUCUUUGACUUGCUCUGAGCCCUUGACAUAUACACCUCCUGGAUCACCUUGUGGUUGUGUAUGGCCUCUUCAAGUUAAACUUCGCAUCAGCAUUGCAAUAUACAAGUUUUUUCCUUUGGUUUCCGAGCUGGCAAAAGAAAUUGCAGCCAGUGUUUCGCUGAACCGUAAUCAAGUACGCAUCGUGGAAGCUGAUGCAAUAAGCCACCACCAGCUCGAGAAAACCAAUGUUCUCAUAAACUUGGUACCCCAAGGAGUGAAAUUUGAUGAAACAACAGCAUUUUUAAUAUAUAAGAAAUUCUGGCAAAGAGAGAUUCUCAAUGAUGCUUCUGCCUUUGGUGCCUAUGAAGUACUCUAUGUUCAUUAUCCAGGUCUUCCACCAUCGCCUCCUUCAAAUGUUUAUGGUAUAGAUGCUGAACCGGACCCUGGUCGUGGCAACAAUGGAACAAUGGUGAAACCUUUUGGAGUAGAUGUCUCAAGGAAGAAAAAAGAAGAGAAUGGUGGAAGGGUGGUUAUUAUGAUCGUGCUAACAUCCUUUACUGUCUUUGUUCUAUUCAUGGGAGUUGCCUGGCUUUGUCUCUUGAAAUGCAGUUUCUGUAAUCUUGAACCUGAACAAGUUCCAGAUGUUCAAAUUCCAUCUUCUUCGAAACAAUCAGCAGGGACUGCCAGUACUAGGUCAUUGACUUAUGGGAGCAUGCCGGGUUCUAGAUCAAUGUCCUUCAGUUCUGGAACAAUAAUGUACACAGGAUCAGCUAAAAUAUUCACUUUGAAUGAAAUAGAGAAAGCAACAAAUAACUUCAAUUCUUCAAGAAUAUUAGGAGAAGGUGGCUUCGGUCUUGUUUAUAAAGGUGGCCUACAAGAUGGCAGGGAUGUGGCAGUGAAGAUUCUCAAAAGAGAUGACCAGCAUGGUGACCGUCAAUUCUUUGCAGAAGCCGAUAUGCUUAGUCGCUUGCACCAUAGAAAUUUAGUUAAAUUGAUAGGUGUAUGCACAGAGAAACAGACUCGCUGCCUAGUCUAUGAGCUUGUCCCUAAUGGCAGUGUGGAAUCUCACUUACAUGGUGCUGACAAGGAAAUUGAGCCACUUGAUUGGGAUUCCCGGAUGAAGAUUGCACUUGGUGCAGCUAGGGGUUUGGCUUAUCUGCAUGAAGAUUGUAAUCCAUGUGUCAUACAUAGGGACUUCAAAUCCAGCAACAUCUUAUUGGAAUAUGAUUUUACACCCAAAGUUUCAGAUUUUGGAUUAGCUAGAACAGCACUGAACGAGGGAAGAAAGCACAUCCCAACUCAUGUUAUUGGAACAUUUGGCUACCUUGCUCCUGAAUAUGCAAUGACUGGCCAUCUUCUUGUCAAAAGUGAUGUCUACAGCUAUGGAGUUGUACUCCUUGAGCUCCUAACUGGAAGAAAGCCAGUGGAUUUGUCACAGCCAACAGGUCAAGAAAACCUUGUUGCAUGGGCUCGUCCAUUCCUUACAAGUAAGGGGGGUUUGCAGAAGAUCAUAGACCCAGUUAUAAAGCCUAGUGUUUCUGAUGAUACCAUGGUAAAAGUAGCAGCGAUUGCAUCCAUGUGUGUGCAACCAGAAGCCCCUCAACGUCCUUUCAUGGGUGAAGUUGUUCAGGCCUUGAAGCUGGUAUGCAGUGAGUUUGAGGAAACAAGUUAUGUGAGACCAAAAGGUUCUCUAGGAGAUGGUCUUGUAACUAAUGUAGAAGGGAAAUUCUCCAGUGUUCUUGGUGAAAGAGUGGACUUUUCUGAGUGUAACAAACCCCUGCCUCAGCCUGGUUAUCAACCUAGUCGAGAACCCAGGUAGAAUUAUCAUCAUAAGAGAUGUUCAGUACGUUGGGCAAGAAAUUUGAGUCGUUCAGGAUGUUUUUGAAGAGUGAGCAUGAUAUUUUAAUUAAAUAAUGUCCUGGAUCCCAUUAAGCUUUUGCCAUAGCCAGAAUGGAAAUUCUAUUGACAAGGCAAAUAUAUUUAUUGUUACUCAUUAGCAAAGGAUUGCAAGUUGGUGUCAAAGACUCAACCUUCCGGAGAAAAACGAGUAAAACCUGUCCUUGAAAUUGUUUGAAUUAUUUUAUGAUAUUUAUGCGAGGUUACAUAAUUUCAUAACAGUGAGAUAUUAUCCAUUACAUUUUGAUUAUCAUUUCAAAAGACUCAUAUAUGUGUAUUUUAUAUAUUUUUCUUUUUUUCUUUUAUUUUAUCGAUUUGAAAUCUUGUCAGUAUCCUAA